UCUUGCUCUGCCUCUAUCUCUGUGGCCAGGCAAGGGUACUGGGCAAGAGAAGUAAAGUUGUCUUACUAGAGCUUGUUCACGGUUUGGCCCAGGAGGCCAUCGUGCUUCGUGGAGGUUGUAUAUCAGAGGAGAACUGCAUACUGUGUGGGGUAGAGUUAAUCAGCUUACAGAAGAAGCAAGUGGUUAGACUGGCUGCCCCGUGAGGACCUUUCUGGAUUUGGAUAAGAGCCAGGCAGCAGUGACAGGCUUCAACCACCCUGCGCGGCAGCCAUGCCACCCCCGGCGGACAUCUUGAAGGUGGCCAUUGAGUGGCCAGGGGCCUUCCCAAAACUCAUGGAAAUUGACCAGAAAAAGCCACUCUCGGCUAUCAUUAAAGAAGUCUGCGAAGGGUGGCAGCUGCCGAACCAUGAGACGUAUGCUCUGCAGAAUGCUGACUCCACAAACUUCUACAUCACAGAAAAGAACCGCAACAACAUAAAAAAUGGCUCUAUCCUGCGGCUGACCAAGUCUCCUGGCCAGAUGGCUAUGCAGCUGCAUGAACGCAUCCAAUCCAGCAGCCUGGAUGUGAAGCUUGAUGCACUGAAGGACCUGGCCAACUCCUCCAGGGACAUCACCUUCGCGCAGGAGUUCAUCAACCUGGACGGCAUCUCCCUGCUCACGCAGAUGGUGGAGAGCGGCACAGAACGGUAUCAGAAACUACAGAAGAUGAUGAAGCCCUGCUUCGGGGAAAUGCUCUCUUUCACGCUGACAGCCUUCGUGGAGCUCAUGGACCAUGGCAUCGUCUCAUGGGACACGUUCUCAGUUGCCUUCAUCAAGAAGAUUGCCAGUUUUGUGUGCAAGUCCUCCAUGGACUCAGCAGUGCUCCAGAGAUCUCUUGCCAUCCUGGAAUCUAUGGUGCUCAACAGCCAAGACCUCUACCAGAAGGUGGCACAAGAGAUCACCAUUGGCCAGCUCAUGCCCCAUCUUCAAGGGACGGAUCAGGACAUUCAGACUUACACCAUCGCUGUGAUUAAUGCUCUUUUCCUGAAAGCCCCUGAGGAGAAGAGACAGUUUGAUGAGAACAUUGUGAACAUCCAUGAUUGCCCUCUCACCGAGAUGGCUCACAUUCUGGCCCAAAAGCAGCUACGUUCCAUUAUCCUCACUAAUGUGAUUAGAGGUCCCAAGCCAAUUAAUGAGGAGAUGGCCCACCAGCUCUAUAUGCUUCAGGUGCUGACUUUUAACCUUCUGGAGGACCGAAUGAUGACCAAGAUGGACCCUCAGGACCAGGCCCAGAGAGAUAUCAUCUUUGAGCUGCGCAGGAUUGCUUUCGACGUAGAGUGCGAGUCCAACAGUGGUAGCAUUGAAAAGCGCAAGUCUAUGUACACCAGAGACUACAAGAAACUAGGCUUCAUCAAUCAUGUGAACCCAGCAGUGGACUUCACUCAGAUUCCUCCAGGAAUGCUGGCUCUUGACAAUAUGCUGUAUUUUGCCAGACAACACCAGGAUUCCUACAUCAGGAUUGUCCUGGAGAACAGCAGCCGGGAAGACAAGCAUGAGUGCCCAUUUGGCCGUAGUAGUAUCGAGCUCACCAAAAUGCUCUGUGAGAUUCUCAAAGUGGGAGAACUUCCGAGUGAGAACUGCCACGACUUCCACCCCAUGUUUUUCACUCAUGAUCGCUCGUUCGAGGAGUUCUUCUGCAUCUGUAUCCAGCUGCUCAACAAGACCUGGAAGGAGAUGAGAGCCACAUCUGAAGACUUCAACAAGGUGAUGCAGGUGGUGAGGGAACAGAUCACACGUGCUCUAACAGCCAAGCCUAAUUCCCUGGACCAGUUUAAAAGCCGCCUGCAGAACCUGAGCUACACUGAGAUCCUCAAAAUCCGUCAGUCCGAGAGAAUGAACCAGGAGGACUUUCAGUCCCGGCCCAUUGUGGAGCUGAGGGAGAAGAUCCAGCCAGAGAUCAUGGAGCUGAUCAAACAGCAGCGUCUCAACCGCCUGUGUGAGGGCACCUGCUUUAGGAAGAUCAGCAGCCGCAGGAGACAGGACAAGUUCUGGUACUGCCGCUUGUCACCAAAUCAUAAAGUCCUGCACUAUGGGGACCUGGAAGAGAGUCCUCAGGGAGAGGUGCCUCACGAUUCUCUGCAAGACAAGUUGCCUGUGGCUGAUAUCAAAGCCGUCGUCACUGGCAAGGACUGUCCGCACAUGAAAGAAAAGGGAGCCCUGAAGCAGAACAAGGAAGUGCUGGAGUUGGCCUUCUCUAUCCUCUAUGAGUCUGAUGAAUAUUUGAACUUUAUCGCUCCUGACAAGCAUGAGUACUGUGUGUGGACAGAUGGGCUGAAUGCUCUGUUGGGUAAAGAGAUGACCAGUGAAUUCACCCGCUCAGACCUGGACACUCUUCUCAACAUGGAGAUGAAGCUCCGCCUCCUGGACCUGGAAAACAUCCAGAUCCCUGAGGCCCCGCCCCCUAUCCCCAAAGAACCUAGUAAUUAUGACUUUGUCUAUGACUGCAACUAACUCCUCUGCUGGACCAAGUGAAAUUUCUUAAAUGAAAACUGAAAAAAAAAAAAACCUUUUAGAAAACUAUUGACAAAGAACAAAAAACAUGUUUUCUUUCCUUACAG